AUGAAAGAUACAGGACAAUAUUUAUCAAUGGGACUUUCUGAAUUUCGAAGUCUUGAAGAAUUACUUUUUUCUAUGCUUAAUACAGAAACAGAUGUGAAAUUAUGUUCACAUAUACAAGAUACACUUGUUUAUAUGCUACAAGCAUUAGGAGCUAGUAAUUUAACAUAUUGGUUACAAUUAUGUAAAGAUGUUCUUACUGCUACAACAGAAGAAUAUGUCAUUGAAACUUCACCAGUAGAAUUAUUUGUUAAUUUAUUAAUUUAUAACAGAAUAUUAUUUAAAAGUGUUCAAAUUGAUAUUCAAUCUGUUGAUUUUAGUGUAACUGGUUCAUUGGAAUAUAAUAAUGUUAAAUAUGAACAUCAACAUGUAUCAACAUUUAAUAAUUUAUACCAAUCACUUGUUCAGAAAUUUAAUCAAGAUUAUGAAAAAUAUCAAUAA